ACAACAUUCCUAGUGAACAGAAUUUGGGAUCACAUGAUUGUUGUGAAGUGAGAUGUACAGCAUAUUUAUUUCUGAUCAUCAAGAUGGCAUGAUUGAUCUUAUGACAACUAGUUACUUUUGUUUCACUUGAUUAGCUCAUGCUCAUGCAACAAUACCUUCAGAUCUGAGAAGAACUAUCGUAACAGUUUAUCCUGUUAUGCGUCAUGUUUCUGUCAAAGAAACUAGCCCAUAAGUAGGGAGGGAACUCCUUUAUGUGUGUGGCAUGACCUAUUCUAUAAAUUGUGUUCAUUACUGAUUAGUGUUGAAGCUAGGAACCUGGCCACUUUUAAAGACCAUCCUUGCAGCUACCAAAACUGAUAUUGUUGGUCAUAUCCUUCGUUUUAGAAAGUACUUAUGCCAAGAAACUCGACACACAUCACAGCGCUUUCCAGUUUGUGCCGAUGCUAUUCUUGUAGCUAAACAUCUAAAUCAUAGUAAACCUCCUACAGUAUAGGGUUUGAUACAGUGAUAUGAUUCAGUUCUAGUGACAAAGAUCAUAGUUCUCGAACAAGAUGACUAGGAAUCUCUAUUUGAUUAGUUUCUUUGUUCUUUUUAUUGGCUUUUACCCAAACAGAUUUCUCUCAGGGAGGUUCCAGAGUUCUAUGAAUGAUUUUAGUGAUCAGUGUCCCCCUUCACCCCAUCCUCUCGGUAUGUGCAAGUCACGAGUAGCAGCUUAUGGCUAUCCGUGUGAAGAAUAUAAGGUCACAACAGAAGAUGGCUAUAUUCUUAGCUUAAAGAGGAUUCCCCAUGGUCUUUCUGAUGCUGAUAACUCGACCGAGAAUACGAGGACACCAGUACUUCUAUUCCAUGGGCUACUGGUGGAUGGUUUUUGUUGGGUACUGAGUACACCAAAACAAUCACUUGGCUUCAUUUUGGCAGACAGUGGCUUUGAUGUUUGGAUUGCCAACUGUCGUGGAACGAAGUCCAGUCGGAACCAUACCUCCCUCUCCCCAGAAGACCCAGCUUACUGGGACUGGACAUGGGACCAACUUGCUGCCUAUGAUCUUCCUGCUGUACUUCAGUUUGUCUACGAUCACACAGGAGGCAAGAAAGUACACUAUGUCGGUCACUCCCUGGGAACCUUGAUUAUUCUUGCAGCCUUCUCAGAGCACAAGUUACUAAACAUAGUGCGAUCAGCAGUGUUGCUCUGCCCAAUUGCUUAUCUGAACAGGAUGAAAUCCAAACUCAUCUUGCUUGCGGCUCGUAUCUUCCUUGCAGAAACAGUUCACCUGCUAGGUUUUCACGAGUUCAACCCUGUUGGGCGAGUUGCACAAGAAGUGUUAAGCCAAAUCUGCGCCAACCCUGAGAUCGAUUGUUAUGAUUUAUUUUCCGCUGUAGCGGGACCGGACUGCUGCCUCAAUACUUCAACUACCUGCACCUUCUUGCAGCAUGGUCCACAAUCAUCCUCUAUCAAAAACAUGAUUCACAUGUCGCAGUUGGUCAGGAAAGGAGCGAUCAGAAAGUAUGACUACGGCAAUCAGAAGGGGAACAUGAAGCAUUACAAUCAAUCACGUCCCCCACUCUACAACCUUUCGUUUAUCCCGAACCAUGUCCCCCUAUUCCUUGCCCAUGGCGGCCAAGAUUUCCUCGGCGAUGUCCCUGACACCAGGCAUCUCCUGAGGACGCUGGUCAGGCAGCACGAAAGUGAUAACAUCGAGGUGCUGUACAUGCCUGACUACGCUCAUGGCGACUUUGUGAUGGGUUACAACGCUCCAGGACUCAUAUACAAACCAAUGGUUGAAUUCUUUAAGCGUCACUGAAAACUUCGGUACAGGUUACUCUACAACUCAUAUACAGAAGUAGUUUUAUGUCGACUAGCAAUAUUGAAGAUCUGAAUGACACCUCAUGGAUACAGUUUGCUGUCAUGUUGUGCUAUGGUUUCAUGUAUCAAAUUUGAUUGACAUAUACCCUUAUAGUAACUACCAUUCUACCAAUCCCA